CGCAACCUUCUCGCCAAGUUCCAUCAAUCUCAGGCUACGAAGCAACUAUACCAAGAUCUAUGGCAUGACAGAAAAGCCAUCGAAGCAAUUGCAGCACACCAUCUUGGACUAUCUGGUUCAUCAGCCAUUUGCACUGUUCAACCCAUGGACUCGUGGUUGAAAGGCCAAUUCAAUAUAUGCGUCCUCAUCAAUGUGCAGGACGGCGAUGGCGAGACGCGUAGGAAAAUCUUUCGAUGUCCGAUGCCCCAUAAGGUGGGGGAACAAAACUUUUCUGGCGCUGUAGAGGAGAAAAUUAGGGCUGAAGUUGCGGCUUAUGUCUGGAUAGAAAAGAACUGCCCCGAAAUACCAAUUCCCCAAUUACACGCAUUCGGGUUUUGCACUGAUUUGCAGUUUACCCAUCACCGAUCCGAGCCGGGCCAUUUUCGAGAUCCUACUAAUAUGGAGUUCCAUCGUCCAUAUCUAUUGCUAGACUACAUCGACAGACAAAUAGGGCGAAUGCUAUCAGAGACCUUGCCCGAACUUCCGGAGACGGACACUGUCAGGAUGCAGAAUCUGUUUCGAGGCAUCAGUCGAGUGAUGCUCUCCCUUGCCCGACAGACACAGUCCCAUAUCGGCUCGCUUCGAUUCAACGACGAUGGCUCUACCACUCUCUCCAAUCGCCCUAUCCUCUGUACUAACACCAUCCUGGAGAGCGAAGGUGCACCCCGCACUGUGAACAGGACAUACACGACACUGGGGAGUUUCAUCGAUGACAUGAUUCAAUUCCGCGACGAAGCUUUCCGUGCUCAACCGAACGCUGUCCAUGAUGAAGAGGAUUGCCGUCUCCAGAUGCUUCACAUGGUUUUACUGCGACUCUUGAAACAUCACUUCAUCGACAGCCAAUCCGAAGGGCCAUUUGUACUACAGUUUACAGAUUUUCACCCGAGCAACAUCUUCGUGGAUGACCAGUGGAACAUCGUGGCGCUUAUCGACUUCGAAUUCAUCUGCGCCUUGCCUCCGAGCAUGAUGACUGUACCUUAUUGGCUCAAAGUGGAUGCCAUCGAUGAGGUUUGUAAGCACAUGCACGCUUUUCGCAUCAUGCACAACGCCUUCUUGGACCAUCUCCGCGAGGAGGAAGGUCGCACUGGGAGUACUAUUUCACUUGCCAAGUCGAUACAAGAAGCUUGGGAUACGGACUCGUGUUGGUUCUACCGCUGCCUGACAUCGGUCAACGGGAUGCCCUGCUGCUUAGAGGAUCACAUUUAUAAGAAAUUCGGUGUGGACCUCUCAGUGGACGAAGAGAGAAGCUGGGCGAAAACCAUGUCCGCAUUCUGGUCGUUAGAUUCGGAGAAGGACGUGAUGCAGAAAGUUCGCGAUAAGGCUGAGUACGACAAGCAAAUGGAGCUUCACUUUCGUACAGUCUUGAAUACUACUGAUGACAGCGAUGCUCUGGAUGUGACGUCUGCAGCUGUUUGAUCUGACGUUCACUUCUUCUCCUUCUCCGCUUUCUUCUUCGCUUUCUCCUCAUCCUGCUGAAUUUCUGGGUUGAUGGUUCAUGAUUCAAUUUGCAUAAGAACCAGGUAUCCAGCCACCUCGACCCGAAGUAUCAUUCAGCUGUGCCACCAAGCCCUGCUGUUCCCUCUCCAAUUCAUCCCGAUCCGAGCACUUCUCGGCACAGUCAAAGUCUAUGAUGAUCGCGCGUCCCUCACUGAUGAGAAAGUUAUGUUUAUUCGUAUCGCCAUGUUUAAUGCUCAGACUGUGUAAUUUCGCAAGCGCCUUCUGACAUAAUUCCAGAUCCUCUGGGCCCGCAUGUCUCGCAUUGGGGAUUUUCUCGAUGAGAAAACCAAUCACUCUGCCAUGUUCGGUCAAAUGUCCUAGAAAAGCGGGACCAAUUCCUUCUCCGUCGAGACAUUCAUACGCGGCAGUUUCGUAAUUAAUCGCUGUGAUUUCCAAUUCGAAUCUGGCAUAUUUGGCAAAACAUUCAAUCGAGUUGCCGUCCUUAACGAGUACCUCUGCUUCAUACACUGCAGACUUCCACUUCCGGCCGAGUCGGAGGUCGAAGUAGUCCACCUUGUUCGGAUGCCAGAUCGAUGUCACGCCGACCAGCGGCCGAUGCACAACGUUCGUGAAAGAAAUGAGGCUGG